AUGCCCUAUGGCACGCUGCAGCUGGCGAGCCCGGCGCAGCAAGAAGCCUUUGCCGGUGUACUCGGCGCCGGCCACAUCGCAACUGGCCUUUCUGACGACGACGACGACGAAGGCGACGAGGACGAGAGCGCGACUAGUGGCGGCGGCAAACGCAAGAGGGCAAGCAGCCGGGCGACCACCAAGGCCACCAAGAGCUCCUCCACCUCUGGCUCCUCAGCGUCCACUUCGACGUCAGCAGCCGCCGCCGCCGCUGCUGCUGCCUCAACAUCGAGAGCGGGAGGCUUAGCGGAGGUAAAGGGCGAACGCGACGCGCACACGGGUAGAAGAAAGAUCCGCAUCGAGUUUAUCGAGGACGACAGUCGGAGACACAUUACCUUUAGCAAGCGCAAGGCUGGCAUCAUGAAGAAGGCCUAUGAGCUGGCGACUCUCACAGGGACGCAGGUGCUUCUGCUCAUCGUGUCGCAGACGGGACUUGUAUACACCUUUACCACGCCCAAGCUGCAGCCGAUAGUCGCGACCGAUGAAGGGCGAGAACUGAUCCAGAGAUGCCUCAGCAAGCCUGAUUCGCUCGCCGAGGACGCGGGCAAGGAGGGCGAGCAUGGCGACGACGAUGAAGACGAGGGAGAGGAGCAGGAGGAGGAGAAGCGUGAGCAUGACCUGCCUUGCGAGAAGCGCGUGUGUUGGUAA